GUUUCCGAAUGUUAUCUAGCACACGCACGUGAAUGACAAGGAACGCCUUCCACAACAACUUGGAUAUUUAGCGGAGUUUCUACGGAAAUAUGGACGUGACAGUCAUAGGAAGUUGCAAUACAGAUCUCAUAAGCUAUGUUCCAAGAUUACCACAACCAGGAGAGACUUUACAUGGUACCAAAUUUGCAAUAGGAUUUGGUGGAAAAGGAGCAAACCAGUGCAUUGUUGCAGCAAGAUUGGGAGCCAAAACAGCUAUGAUAGCAAAGGUUGGAGAUGACACUUUUGGAAAAGAUUACAUUCAGAAUUUUAAGGACAAUGAAGUGAUGAUAGAAUAUGUUGGAGUAACAUCUGAAGCAGGGACAGGUGUGGCGCCUAUAUGUGUGAAUCAGGAAGGUCAAAAUUCCAUAGUAAUUGUAGCUGGGGCUAACCUGCUGUUAACAGGGGAUGACAUCAGGGCUGCAGAGGAUGUUGUGAAAGAAAGCAAGAUCAUUAUUUGCCAGUUAGAAAUACCAGCACAAUCCACACUUACUGCUUUGAAACUUGCCAAAAAGCACAACGUGAUGAGUAUUUUCAACCCAGCCCCGGCACAAUCUGGACUGGCUAAUGAGCUCUUUACUGAAUGCGACAUUAUCUGUGCUAAUGAAACAGAGGCAGAAAUCCUGACAGGUUUACCUGUGAAAACUAAAGAGGAAGCCUUCAAAGCAACACUGGCUUUAUUGGACAAAGGCUGUCGAGUGGUCAUUCUUACAUUGGGUCUGAUGGGAUCAGUGUUCGCCUCAAAGGAGAACCUGACGCCGAAACAUGUACCAGCUCAAUCUGUUGCUGCUGUUGAUACAACUGGUGCUGGGGAUGCCUUUGUCGGAGCUCUGGCAUAUUAUCUUUCCAACGAACCUUCUUUGACCCUGGAAAAGAUCAUACAGAGGUCAACUGUUGUGGCCAGCAUCAGUGUCCAGUCACCCGGUACUCAAACAAGUUUUCCAUGGAAGAAAGAUCUACCAACAGAAUUGUUUAGUUAAUACUUUAGGUUUAAUGAUUUUAAAGGAAUUAUCUCAGUAAAUAAAAAGUCUAUGUAUUGUC